GCUAUUUAGGAAACAUUAAGAAAUAAUAAAAACCCAUACAAUACGAAUCAUGCAAAUAAAUACCUUUUUAAUUUUUUUUUACCUUGCCAUGCAAACGACACGUCGUAUGGUGACAAAAUGAUAAUCUACCAAAACAAAUGUCGUAUUGAGGAUGACCCGAACCUUGCAAAGCAAAAUGGUUGGACUUGGAUGGACCAAGCUCUACUGAGUCUGUUUGGUACCCCAGAAAAUGCAGAACCCCUGCAAAUCUGAAAGUUAGGGUUUUAGCAGUUGAAUCUCAAGGAUAGGGAGGGAGGGAGGGAGGGAGGGAAAUCAGAGCAAAAUGAGAAUAUUACCAGCAGUUUCAGAUUCAGGAGCGAAGCUCUUCUUCUCGAUUUCUCCGUUCUCUUUCUCAUCCCGUCUUCGAGGCUUCACCAAUCCACGAACUCUCGCUCUCUCCACCAUUACUACCUCCACAAAGUUCAAUGAUAAGAAGAAGAUAAAGAAGACGACGAAGAGGAAGAAGAAGAAGGAGGAAGAAGAGAAAAAGGCAUUGUCGGAGUCGAAAGCAGCGACGGUGAAGGAGAAGCGGCGGACUCGUUCGGAUAGAGAGUUUGAAAUGGACGCCAUUCAGCGUUUCGGAGACAUGGCCACCCACGUUCCGGUGAUGCUCGGUGAAGUGGUCGACGUUUUCUCGGCGUCGAAGCCGAAGCCGCUUCGCUCAUUUGUCGAUUGCACCGUCGGGGCUGCUGGACACUCUUCUGCGAUAAUUCAGGGCCACCCAGAAUUGAGACUUUACAUAGGAAUGGAUAUCGACCCAGUGGCACAUCAGAAGGCUCGAGCUCAGAUAUAUUCUCUGUUGCAUGCUGAUUCUUGUUGUAGCUCUACUUCUGACCUCAAAGUUCAUACCUUUGUCAAGAAUUUCAGAUACAUCAAAUCUGCGCUUAGUGAGGUUGAUGAGGAGCUACCACGCAAUGGAGUUGAUGGCAUUUUGAUGGACCUGGGAAUGUCGUCUAUGCAGGUUAACAAUCCUGAAAGAGGGUUCAGUGUUCUUGCUCAUGGACCUCUUGAUAUGCGGAUGGAUCCUCAGGCAAGUCUGAGAGCAGAAGACAUUUUAAAUUCUUGGCCAGAUACUGAAGUAGGACGAAUCCUGCGAGAGUAUGGAGAGGAAAGUAACUGGCGGUCUCUUCAGAACAAAAUUGUUAAAGCCCGAUUACAUGGUGGGUUGCAUUACACUGGGGAGCUUGUAGAUCUUAUUCGAAAUUCAACCUCUGGGAAUUAUAGAGGAGGGAGGCAAGGAUGGAUUAAAACCGCAACCAGGGUGUUCCAAGCUCUGAGGAUAGCUGUUAACGAUGAGCUGAAGACACUGGAGGAUUCCCUCUAUGCUUGUUUCGAGUGCCUUGCACCUGGGGGUAGGCUUGCUGUCAUAUCUUUCCACAGUUUGGAGGACAGAAUUGUGAAACAAACAUUUCUCAACAUCAUUGACAGCGACAACAUAGAUGGAGCCAUUGAUGUGGAGGAUGAAGACAAGUGUAAGAAAGAUCUAUCAAAGAUCCAAGACCAUAAUGAUGAAAAGGAGGCAUGGAUCAAACAGAUAAUACAAGGAUGCAAAGGAACAAUUCUCACAAAGAGACCAAUAACACCAUCCGAAGAGGAAGAGAAAUUGAAUAGGCGGAGUAGGAGUGCUAAGCUAAGGGUGAUUCAAAAGAACUAAAAAUUAUGUCCAAGAAUUAUAGCAGUAAUCUUUGUAUAUGUGUAUCUCUAAUUUUCCAUCUAUCAUUGAUUCAUCAUAUAUUUAUUGAGUUGGAGUUUAGAAUACAACAUAUCAUUUUUGUGAAA